AGAGAUAGAGUGAGGCAGAGAGAAGCUCCUUUUCCUCCUGUUCCUAGUUUAGCAGCUCUCUCAGUCUCCUCUUCUUUCCUUCUCUUUGUUUGUGUUUAGUCGCCGUAGUCCAGUAAUCCUGUCCCCCUCUCUUUCUUUCUUCAGUAGCUCUAGCAUUAGCUAUUAUUAUUUGUUUAGCCACUAGUCAGUAGUAGCUAGUCGAUAUUGUUUCUUCAUCAUUCUUCAUUUACUGUACAAAAGGACAGUCUCUCUACAGAACAGGAACGCCAUUCCCUAGCAACCAGCACGCAGGAACAUCUCUGGAAGCAGCCAAGGAGACUUUAACCUACCGAACUACUCCACACAAGACUCACUGUUAUUACAUAACCUACAGCAGAAGCAGCCCUUACUCACUAUAUAAAUAGAGGAAGAAGAGAGACUACUACAGUAUGCCCGUUCCUUCAAAGUUGAAUUUGCGAGAGGCUCCUUGCGGGGACCUUGACGACAAGGAAAAGGUAGAAGCUGGAAGGAACAGGAGCGAUGGAUCUUCUUCUCCCUCGCCUCCGGAUUCUCCUCCAGUAGCUAGUGAGGACUCAGCUCAACAGCAAACUAAAUUGUUCAUCGGUGCUUUGAGUAACGAUACUUCUGAAGAAACCCUGGAGGCAUAUUUUAAGAAGUUUGGCGUGAUUUUAGAAUGCACGAUAAUGAAAGAUGGAACUGGUAAAUCUCGUGGUUUUGGAUUCAUAACAUUCAAAGAUGCCAACAGUAUCCAGUGUAUCUUGGAGGCACAUGCUGAGUCACCAAUCAUUAUUGAUGACAAAAUGAUUGAUCCUAAGCCAGCUGUUCCAAAGAGAGGCAACAAGCCAACCCCAGCAUCUCAAAUUCGUAGAAUAUUUGUUGGCGGUUUAAGUUCUGACACUGAUGAAGAUGACAUGAAAGAAUUCUUUGAAGUAUUCGGACCAGUUGAAGAGGUUCAGUUGAUGUACGAUAAACAUACUAACAGACACAGAGGUUUUGGGUUUGUUACAUUUGAGAAGGUUGGACCAGCUGCUAAAGUUUGCAGUAUCCAGUUUCAUGACUUGAAGAAGAAGAGAGUUGAGGUGAAGGUGGCUCAGACUAAAGAGGCUUUGGCUCAUCAAGCUGAUAAAGCUAGAGCAGCCGUUUCUUAUAACCAGCACAACUAUGCUGCAGGUAGUCCAGCUGCCUUCAAUUACUCACCUACUUACCCAUCCUUCUUCCCUCACUAUCCAAUGGCCUAUUAUGGAGGUUACGGGUACCCCAGCGAUCAUCAUUUGCCUUCUCCUCCAUUUUACCCCUCUGGUUAUAACGGAGGCCCAAUGCCUUUCUUUGUAAGAGGAGCAGGUGGAAUCCCUGAACACUCACCGCCACUGCCUCUGUCAUCACCAGAUUACCUUUCUGAUCACUUUCAAGGUUUGGCCAUUAUCAGUAAUCCGUUCAUGUCCCCAACUGGUUCCCCUCCCCACGGGUUCCCUGUGCCUCCUUCAAGUUACUUAAAUGGCGGAAAUGUGGUUGAAGGAAGCUACUCUCCACCUACUGGCCUCUCACCUAAGGACGCUGCCAACGGGUCACCAGUGAAUGGAUAUACACAGGUUUCCAACUACCAGCCAUCCCAUUCGACUCAACAGCACUCCUCUGCUUGAACUAACACACAAAAAUAAUAAUAAUAAAUGAAUAAAUAAAUAAAUAAUAAAGGAAUAUCUUUCACUCUCUUUCUCUUUAUCUCUUAAACUGAAAACAAAAAGACUUAAAAAUGGCAGAGGCAAAUAAUUAAAGUGAUUAUUAUUAUUAUUAUUAUUAUUAUUAUUAUUAUUAUUAUUAUUAUUAUUAUUAUUAUUAUUAUUAUUAUUAUUAUGAUUGUGAAAUUUUGGAUUAAAAAUGACUGUUAUAUUAUUCAAAAACAAUGGAUUAUUAUUAUUAUUAUUAUUAUUAUUAUUAUUAUUAUUAUUAUUAUUAUUAUUGUUAUUAUUAUUAUUAGGCCAUCAAUUGAUUUAUUAAUUAUUAAUUUAUUUUUGUAUACUUCCUUUCUGGACUAAUAAUGCGCAUUUAUUUU